UUCAUGGAUUUGCUAGAAACAGAUUAUGGAGUGUUGACAAUGACCCCCCUCCCUUCCCCACUAAUCCCACAAAUAGAGUUUUCAUUGACUUGAUCUUCAAGUCCACUGAAGAUGAUUUGAAGACAUGGCCUCACAGGCCUGUGUCACACUUGCUAGGAAUGUUGGAGAGAUGCGAACAGAAACAGAGUUGCUUCCCCAAUGUUGGGAGCAAAUUAGUCACAUGUAUGAGGAAUGCAGGCUGCUUGUAGCUCAAUCAUGUGGGGAGCUUGCAGGAUUUGUGAGGCCAGAGAUUCGAGACUCCCUCAUCCUAUCUAUUGUGCAACAGCUCAUAGAGGAUUCCGCCACUGUAGUUCGUGAGGCUGCUGCAAGAAAUCUGGAUCUGCUGCUUCCACUCUUCCCAAAUAUGGAUAAAUAUAUCAAGGUGGAGGAAAUGAUGUUCCAUUUAGUUUGUGAUCCAUCGGGAGCAGUUGUGGAUACAACUAUUAAAGAGUUAGUUCCUGCUGUGCUCAAGUGGGGUGAAAGAGAACGAUGGACUGUUGAUGUGUUGCUUCGGUUACUGAUGCAAUUGCUUCCAAUUGUACACCAAAUAGCUAUCGACACUUGUUCAUAUCCCUCUUUUUCAGAAUUUACAGGAACAUUUUUUUCACUUCAAUUGCCUCAAAAAUAUUCAGAUGGACGUUUAGAUUGGCCUACAUUUGAGUGGCUUCAUGAUGAUUGCUUUCCCAGUCUGAUUCAGAUUCUCUCUCUCUUACCACAAAAGGAAGAUAGUUUAAGAAAACGCAUCUCAAGUUUUUUACUAGCAGUUUCCACAAGAUUUGGGGAGGAUUAUUUAACACAUAUAAUCCUUCCUCUAUUCUUAGUGGCUGUUGGCGAUAAUGCUGACUUGUCUUCCUUCCGCUCAACAUCCCAACCUAAAAUUAAAGCUCGAAGACCAAUAAUUGCUAUGGAUGCAAGAAUUGCCACCUUGUGUGUCCUACCAGUUCUAUUAGCAGGUGUCCUUGGAUUCCCUAACAAGCAUGAACUAUUAACUGAAUACUUAAGGAAUCUCUUGAUCCAAAGUGCUGACAAGACAACCCAGUCAGCAAUCCACAGUGCUGACGUGUACAACUCUGUCCGUUUCCUUUGCUUGUUUGAAGAACACCAUAAUCUGGUUUUCAAUAUCUUAUGGGAGAUAAGGAAGGUAGAUCCGAUUUGGGACAUGGAGGCUGAUGAAGGAGACAAUUACACACAUAUUCCAGUAAGAAACAGAGUUGGAUGAUUAUUUGUUAGUUUUAUAGGAAUGUAUAACCCAUGUUAGCAACGUAUUAUUUUUGUUUAACAUUUGAAUGAUUAUUUGUAUGACAUAUUAUAAUUUGUGCA